AUGAUAUCUAACGGCACAGGCUCUUCCUUUUGUCUGGACUCUCCUCCAUGCAGGAUCACUGUCAGCGUGGUCCUCACUGUCCUCAUCCUCAUCACCAUCGCCGGCAAUGUGGUGGUCUGCCUGGCUGUGGGCCUGAACCGCCGGCUCCGCAGUCUGACUAACUGCUUCAUUGUGUCGUUGGCUAUCACCGAUCUGCUCCUCGGCCUCCUGGUGCUGCCCUUCUCGGCCUUCUACCAGCUAUCCUGCAGGUGGAGCUUCGGCAAAGUCUUCUGCAAUAUCUAUACCAGCUUGGAUGUGAUGCUGUGCACGGCCUCCAUCCUCAACCUCUUCAUGAUCAGCCUUGACCGGUACUGCGCUGUCACUGACCCCCUGCGCUACCCUGUGCUUAUCACCCCAGUCCGGGUUGCCGUCUCUCUUGUCUUAAUUUGGGUCAUCUCCAUCACCCUGUCCUUCCUGUCUAUUCAUCUGGGGUGGAACAGCAGGAAUGAGACCAGCAGUUUCAAUCACACCAUUCCCAAGUGCAAAGUCCAGGUCAACUUGGUGUAUGGCUUGGUGGAUGGGCUGGUCACCUUCUACCUGCCGCUGCUGGUCAUGUGCAUCACCUACUACCGCAUCUUCAAGAUUGCCCGGGACCAGGCCAAGAGGAUCCAUCACAUGGGCUCCUGGAAGGCAGCUACCAUUGGGGAGCACAAAGCCACAGUGACACUGGCUGCAGUGAUGGGAGCCUUCAUCAUAUGCUGGUUCCCCUACUUUACUGUGUUUGUUUACCGUGGGCUGAAAGGGGAUGAUGCCAUCAAUGAGGCUUUUGAAGCCGUCGUUCUGUGGCUGGGCUAUGCCAACUCGGCCCUGAACCCUAUCCUGUAUGCCACACUGAACAGAGACUUCCGCACGGCAUACCAGCAGCUCUUCCGCUGCAGGCCGGCCAGCCACAAUGCCCAGGAAACUUCUCUGAGGUCGAACAGCUCUCAGCUGGCCAGGAAUCAAAGCCGAGAACCCAUGCGGCAGGAAGAGAAGCCCCUGAAGCUCCAGGUGUGGAGUGGGACAGAGGUCACAGCCCCUCGAGGAGCCACAGACAGGUAA